AUGGCAUUGUUAAACAGCACUGUAAUAACUGAAUUUAACAUUCUGGGGUUCCCAGAAAUGGCAGAGAAGAGGAUACUAUUAUUUACAUUAUUCUUGACCAUUUAUGUGACGACACUGUGUGGAAACCUACUAAUAACCAUUAUGACAAAGCUGGACCCUAGCCUUCAGAAUCCAAUGUACUUUUUCUUAGGGUAUUUGUCUAUGAUUGAUGCCUGUUAUAUAUCUGUUACGGUGCCACAAAUGUUAGUCAUUCUGGCAUCACAUCAUCAAAAUGUAUCUUUUGGGGCUUGUAUCAUGCAGCUAUAUACUAUAAUUUUUGUGGAGGGGGCUGAGUGUAUUCUUUUAACAAUUAUGGCUUAUGACCGAUACGCAGCCAUCUGCCGUCCAUUACAUUACAACAUUAUCAUGCGCAGGGGAAAAUGCUACAAAAUGCUGUUCGGGGCAAUUUUAUGGAGUAUGUUACACUCAGCUCUGCACACUGUCUUGAUCAGUCACCUGCCCUUCUGUGAUAAUGUCAUUAAUCACUUUUUUUGUGAUAUUCCACCUCUACUAAAACUAUCCUGUGUAGAUACUUAUAUGAAUGAGAUUGUUCUCUUUGCAGUAAGUGGAGUAUUUAUUGGAUUGGGGCCUUUUGUAUUUAUCCUCGUGUCCUAUGUUUAUAUUAUUACCACUAUAUUUCAAGUUACAUCUGUGGCAGGAAGGAAAAAGAUGUUUUCUACAUGUGCUGCACAUCUUAUUAUAGUCAACAUAUUCUAUGGCACUGGAUGCUUCACUUAUGUGCGACCAAAGACCAGUUACUCAUCAGAACACGACAAGUUGGUAUCUGUGAUCUACAAUGUGGCUACUCCUUUGCUGAACCCCAUUAUCUACGGCUUCAGGAGCAGUGACAUGAGAAGAUCUCUUACACAAGGAUGCAGGACAAUCACAUUCUCAGUUACAUAA